CCAAUGUCUAUGGAAAAACAGUAUAAUUUCAUAUUUCAUUCUGCUCGUAUCUCGUGCCUCGUAUUUUGUGUGCCGUUAAAAUUUAGUAAUAGUGAUAAGACUUUGGACGUAACACACAUAAAAUUCCAGAUUAGACUUAGGGUUUUAAAAUUGUAUGAAAUUUGAAGAAAAUGAAUCGUCAUCCAAAUACCGACUACAAAAGUCGCAAUGAACCACAAGUUGAAUUGGAGAGUCAAUUUAUUUUGCGACUGCCACCGGAACCCGCUCGAGUACUGAGAGAAACAUUACGUAGCAGUUUACCUUUAAAAGACAGGUUGAUGAUAAAAUUAGAAAAUGACAUGCGUUAUGGUGAAGUCAGAUUUGACCACUGGCUACUCCAUACUAAGGUUGUAGAUCUACCGACAAUAGUGGAAUCUUUAAAAACAAUCGAUAACAAAAGCUUUUAUAAAACUGCCGAUAUAUGCCAGAUGCUGAUAUGUAAAGAAGAGGACGAUCAUACUGCAACAGAUGAAGAAUCUCCUGUUAAGCAAAAGAAAAAAGAUCCAAACAAAGUUGAUAAAAAAUUUCUUUGGCCUCAUGGUAUAACACCACCUGCUAAAAAUGUAAGACGUAGGAGAUUUAGAAAAACUUUGAAGAAGAAAUAUGUAGAAGCACCUGAAAUCGAGAAGGAAGUUAAACGUUUAUUGCGAGAGGACAAUGACGCUGUUAAUGUUAAGUGGGAAGUAAUAUGUGAGGAUGAAGAUCAGUCAAAACCUAGUAAAGUAUCGUCAUCUGGCACAGUUAAGACUAAACGGGAAAAUAUUAACGGGAACACAUCUCAGAGUCUGGAUGUUGCUGAACACGACAUAUUUGGUGAAGCUGUGAGCGAUAGCGAAGACGACGAUGAAGAGGCAAACAUAAAUGUGAUGGAACUAGAUGAAAAUAGCCAUCUUACGGCAGAUAGUAGAGUUUCAGACUCGAAUUCUAUGCAAGCUGCAUAUUCUGAAAGAUCAAGUAACAAUGCGACGACGAGCAGUGGAUUAGUUACUGAAUUUAGUAAAGAAAUGUUUCAAAACGAUAACAAUGGUGAUGCGGAAACCGAAAAACAACAGGAUGAUGCUACUUCGGCAAAAACUUCAAAAUUGGAGCAAUUUCACGCGGAAUAUAUUAUUUCGGAUAAUUACACGGAAUCACCACAAGUAUCCAUAUCUAAAGAUUCACGUCUUGCUACUCUUCACGCGGAAUUGGCGGAACUACGGCAAAGAAGACAACAGCAAGAGAUUGAAAUAGCUAAUAUUGAAAAUGUCAAACUGAGACAACGGUUCCAGGAGAUCUUAGAUAACUUGUUAACCCAAGAAAUGCAAAAAGUACAAGAGAUACAAGAUCUAGAACUGGAAUAGGAAAUGUAUAUAGCACAAUUAUAUUAAUAUCAUAUAAAUCAUUGUUAUAAACUUUGUGUUUAAAAAUAUAAACUAUUUUGUUAUUCUUUUUCUUAAUAAUUAUAAAUCAUAAUUAUAAUGUAAUUAUGUACUCAUUGUGUAUAUAAUUGAAAUAUAUAAACUUACUAAUUAUAGCUUAUACUUUAAUAAAUAAUAUUGUUCACACAAUAUUCUGUGUGAAAAUAAUAGAAAGAAUUGUAAUCUUUUUAGGAAUUUAAUGAUAUAUACUCUUUAAAAUAUAUGUACAUAUUUAUUAUGACUCCUAUUAAUAAUAUAUUUUGUAAUAUACAGUUUUUAAAAUAAAGUGCGGAGAAAAAUAAAAG